AAACUGAGGAUAAUGAUGCUGUUCAUGCUCCAAACAAGUAUCAGUUACCAGUCAGUGGCUCGAUCCACCUUCCAUGAUGAUUCACCGACUCAUAUUGCCUGUGCUGAGGUGUCCAAUCCGCUGUCUGCAGAGAAGUUUGAAUUACUAUCCACUACUAAGCCUGUCCCCAAUUUGCAUGAAGUUAAAAGCGGUUUCUUGUCCAUUGUAGUGAUGUCUGACUGUCUUCUGAGGGUUUCUGAUGAUCCUCAAGGUUUGGGAAAUUUUCAUGUUUUCCCAUCUGGUACCUAUAGUAUCUAUUCUGACUCAGGGUGGAGUUCAGUUCUGGCCUACCACUGUGACUGUGGGAAGGGUGGAAAUCAAAACCCACAAAAUGAGACAGCAUACCAGAAAUUCUUGCGGCAGCAUCUUGAUCCCUCUGUUCGUAAUGGUGAUGACACCUACUGUAACAAGGAAAUUGCACAGAGGGACAUUAGAAACAACAAGGAUGGUAAGCUGCCUUGCAAAGAAAAAAAUACCUUCAUCCAUGCUACCGAGAAAGAAGUAAAAUUAGUGUGUGAGCAGAAGCCAUUUAAGGAUGAGCUAAGAGAAAGCCAUCUUAAAUUUCAUAUAACAGUGUGCGAAAGGAAGACGAAAUCAGAAAAAUGGCCUUGUAAAUAUCUGGCAACAGACAGAGAAGCUCACAUUAUAAUCGCUUGCAACAAGAAAGGGGAACCCAUUCAUUUUGAGAGAUAUUCUCCACAGAACAUGCUUACUGUACUUUGGAAGGCCUGAUUCUGGACAUAGUCUGUUAGAACAAAAGUGACUUUCCUAAUAGUAUAAGUCUUUAGAAGCAAGGCGGCUCUGCAAGGUUCAAUAACGAUGCUCAGGUUCCCCAUUUACAGGAAAUGUGCCCAAGCUAGCCAUAUAUUUUUUAUUGUGCACAAGGGUAAUGAGUGAAAAAAAAACUCUAGUUUAGUGCACAUUUCCUGAUAAGUCAUUAGAAUUCCAUCCACACAAAACAAAUAUCUAUAUGUGAAGUCUUUAAAAGAAACUUUGAAUUAAAAAAAGAAUCCACGCUUUCCCACUUUCAACUACAAAUAAUGGAUAUGUUCUAUAUUAGGUUUUAAGAAUUCUAAACCGAAAAAGAAAGAAAUUCCAUGAAAUUUUAUCUGCAGAUAUUUUAUUAAGUUCAGUAUAAUCUAAAGGUGGAGGA